AUGGACGAGCAUGCAGGCGCCUCAAUAGCCAACCGCGACGAGCCCAUUCCCGUCAUCCAGAUCCCCUUCAACACCGAUGACACGGCACCGCCAGAGACUGAACAGCAAAAGCUGGGAAGAAGAGAGAGGAUAAAACAAGAGGCGGAGAAGCUGAAGGGAAAACUACAUGAUGUCUCGACACAGUACAAAACUACCCAAGGCAGUGUGCAGGAAAGGCUGUUCAACACGCUGUUAGAACAAGUCUUCCCUGAAGAGACUGAAGAAGAUGGCACUCCCAAGAAGGACCGUCGCUCAAGGCAAUAUGUCGACAAACCGCAGUUCAGUCUGCCUGUCAUGUCGGCAAAUUUCCGCCGCUUCAACGCAAGAAUUGGAAUUGUAUUUGUCUUCCAGAACCAAAUGAUUCGUCUCUUCACCUGGCGCGUACCAACACAUACCAUGUCUUUUCUGGCUGUCUAUACUCUUGUGUGUCUGCAGCCCGCACUAGCUCCUGUCGUCCCCUUGGCAGCUCUUUUGUUCUUUGUCAUGAUACCCUCCUUCCUCACACGCCAUCCUCCACCUCCUGUCGCAAACCCAUCAUCCUCAGUCGAUGCAGCUGCCGCCGAGCAAUACGCAGCGUACGGCUACUCAGGACCAGCCGUAGCUCCUCCCCAGCGUGUGAAGCCUGCUCCGGAAAUGAGUAAGGAUUUCUUCCGGAACAUGCGCGAUCUUCAAAACUGCAUGGAAGACUUUAGCCGUGUCCAUGAUGGUGCCAUUGCUAUCAUAACUCCUUAUACUGAUUUUAGCAACGAGCGCUUGUCUUCUGCUGUCUUUCUCGGUCUGACAGCUCUCGUGAGCAUCGCUUUCUUGGCUGCGCAUCUCGUACCCUGGCGCGCAAUCUUGCUAGUAGCAGGCUGGUCAGCAACAGCAGCAGGCCAUCCCCGUGCCCAAGAAAUCCUCAUCAACGCAGCUUCUUUAGCUCACCUCCAAUUAAUCUACGACCGCAUCUGCGUCGCCGGCAGCGAAUGGGUAGAAUCGGACAUCCUCCUCGACGAACCCGCCCAAGUCCGCGAAGUCGAGAUUUUCGAAUUGCAAAGACUGCAAACACAUACUUUGGGCGGCGAGGAAGGAGCAGUUCUAGAAGGGGAAUGGGAACCUUGGUUAUUUACUCCUCAACCCUACGCUCCAACCUCUCCUUCCCGCAUUGCUGGUGCACGUCCAGUAGGAACCCAGUUUUUCGAAGAUGUACAACCACCCUCUGGCUGGCUCUGGCGCGACAAGAAAUGGACACUAGAUCUAGGCUCCCGCGAAUGGGUAGAAGAACGUUGCGUCUCUGCCGUAGAGAUAGAGACAGAAGGCGAGCGCUGGGUCUACGAUCUCGACACUUCCAAAGACGCAAAGACCAAAUCUACGACGAGUACUCUUUCCCCACCAAAGAGUUGGGAAGAAGGACCUACGGUAUCGAUAAAGGGAGAAUGGAGACGUAGACGUUGGGUUCGUCUUGUAGAGCGCAAGAUUGUCAAGGUCAGUCCUGAAGAUUGA